CAGGAUGUCCAAGAGAGCUGAAAGACAUGUUGAUACUGACAGUGAACUUAAUGAAGACACUGAUGACUCGAGCAGAGUUGAGCCUGAGCCUAGUCAGUGUUCUACUGGUAUUAAGAAAAAAAAGACGAGUAAAUCCUAUGAUCAAGUGUUCCGCAGUGAAUGGCUAGCUAAUCCUGAAAUGAAAAGUUGGCUGACCAGGGACAAGAAGGACCAGAAUGCAUUUUGUAAGUUCUGCAAUACUACAAUAAAGCCCAAACUGUCUGUGCUGCGAACCCACAUGACAUCUAAGAAACACCGAUCAUUGGCAGACUCGGCACAAGGAAGUAACAAGAUAUCGGCUAUGUUUAAGGAAUCCACUAAUGUUAAGGAUGCUAUCAGUCGUGCGGAGAUCAUUGUUGCUGCCAUGGCUGUAGAACACCACCUCUCAUACAAACUCAUGGACCAUCUCUCUGAGAUCUUCCCAAAAACUUUCCCUGACUCUGAGAUUACAAAAAGUUAUGCAAGUUCUUAG